AUGAAAAAAGAAAUAUCAAAUACUUCAAACAAUUCAACUAGCUCUUUGAAAAGAGGAAGUACUGUUACAUUGUGGAAAAAAAAGGGAAAUGGAAAAGACAUUUCAAAAAACCCUGAAAAUAAAAAAGAAAAUUCAUUUAAUAAAAAAAAUAAUAUAAAUAUGCUGAAAGGGAAUAGUACAAAUAUGUUAGCUACUUCAAAAUUAAAGAUUGAUGAUAAUUUAAAAAAUAAAAAAAAAACAAAAGACAACAAAAAUAUUAGCAAAAAUGGUGUUUGCAAUAAUGGUAGCCAAAUUAUUAGUAAAAAGUUGACUAUACAAGAAAGCGAAAUAGAAUUCGGAAAAAAUAAAAUGGAGAAUGAAAUAGAAAUCAUUUCUAAAAUGAAGAUAUUAAAUAAUAUGAUUGAACAUAAUGAAAACGUUGAAAGUUUUGAAAAUGGUGAAAUGCUUGGAAAUGCUGAACUGCUUAGAAAUGUUGAAAUGUUUGGAAAUGUUGAAAGUUUUGAAAAUGAACAAACAAAUGAAAUAAAAAUAGAAUCAAAAAAAGAAAAAGAAGUUAUAUCAAAUGAAAGGUUUGAUAAUAAUAAGGUAAAUAUUUUUUCGAAAAAUGAGAUAAAGUUUGAAAGUGAAAAACAAUAUGAGUUUUAUGAAGAGGAAUAUAAUAAAACUGAAAUAUAUAAAGAAAAUAUCGAAAAAAAAGAAAAUGAUGAUGAAAAAGGAAUAAAACACGAACAAAGUAGUAUAUAUAAACAAAUAUUAAAAAAAUUAAAUAUAGAUAAGAAUGAAGAAGUUGAAAAUAGUCAUAUAAUAAUUUUAGGAAAUAAAGAUGUAGGAAAAUCUGCAUUACUAAAAUCGUUACAAAGAAUAACAUUCGAAAAUGAUGGCGAGUACACAGAAUUAUUAUAUAGAAAUGAAAUAAGAGUAUUACCUUUCGAUUAUGGAUAUUUAAAUGUAAAAGAUUUUGGAGAUAAUAAAAAAAUACAUGAUACACAAGGGAAUAGUCAUGUUUGGAUAUUACAACAUUCUUGUUAUACUAGUUUGUUAAUUAAAAAUCUUAAAAAUUUCCCAAAUAUAAAAAAAAUUAUUAUUUUAAUUUGUACUGAUUUAUACAAACCAUAUAAUAUAAUUUCGGAUAUAAAUAGUUGGAUUGAUGUUAUGCAUAAAAUUUAUGAGGAUUUGUAUUCAGACUAUGAUAUGAACAUCGUUAGUGGGUUAAAGGAUGAAUUAGAGACAUAUAUAUAUAAUUACAAACAUGGAAAAGACAGUGAAAAAAAAGAGAACCGAGAAACGGAUAGAAUUGAUGCAUAUUUGGAUUUCGAAAAAAACCAAGAAGGAAAUAUAGACAAUGUAAAAAACGAAGAAAAUCGAAAAAAAUUAAUAAAAAUAAAUCUUUCUUUUCCAAUAAUUUUCGUGAUAUGCAAAUCUGAUGGAUAUGAAAUAUUAAAUAAUAGAACAUAUCAAGGAUAUAUAGAUGUAAUUAUAUCUUAUUUAAGAAAUUUGGCUAUAAGUUACCAAGCUGCAAUAAUAUUUUGUAAUACUAUAAAUAAAAAUGAACUAAUUAAUGUCGAACUUUUAUAUAAAUAUAUGAUGCACAGAUUAUAUAAUUUUACAUUUAAAGAAAAAGAAAUAUUAAAUUGUUAUGAAAAAAUAUUUAUACCUUCAGGAUAUGAUGAUGAAAAAUUAAUAAAUAAAUCAAUUAAAAAUACUUUUGUUGAAAAUUUUAAUAAACCAUAUGAUUCUAUUAUUAUUAAACCCAUAACAAAUAAAACAAUUGUUGCUGAGCAUAGUCAAAAUAUAGUCCCUGCAAUUUAUUAUAACGAUUUUUUAGCUAGCAUAUAUACAAACCUUUCCAAUGAUAACAUGGAAAAUGCAUAUAUAAAAAAAGAUACGAAUUGUAUUGACACUGAUAAUAUUGCAUUGUCAAAUGGAGCGAAGAAUACAGACAAAGGGAAUCGAAAUAGCAAUUCUGAGAAUAAUAAUGGAAAUAAUAAUUAUAAUUCUACAAAUAAUGAAAAUACCAAUGAUAAAAGUGAUAAAUUUUUGCAUAGUUUUUUUCAAAACCUUCUUGAAAAAGGACGAUCUAAAUCUCCUAGUGUACCUGUUAUUGAUCCAUUAAUUUUAGAAAAAAAAAAAAUAAUAAAAUAA